AGAGCGAAGAUCUCUACAUUGUAACAUUGGUGACACGAUCUUGACAGAUACUUCGGAGGAUAGUUUUGACAUAUUUUGACGAAGUACUAGUAGCAGUCUUCUUUCGAAGACUAAAACGUAGUCCAUUCGUUUCCAAUGGCUGCAAAGCAUACCGUACACUUACAACUACGAGAAGUACAAGCACGACAUUAAAAAACUUCCUCCUUCGCCGCACAAGUUUUUUUUUUUUUUCCGGUCAAUUAAUUUUCAGACCCGGCUUAUUUUACAACUAUCGUACCAACAAUAACAAACAUCACUCACUCGGAGUUGUUGGACACGUUUUGGUUUUCUGGCAGUACUGACCGGAAAGCGCAGUGGCAAAAAUGGGCGGAGGCCGCAAUGAUGAUCGCCACUGGCUGAAACAGAAGAGACAGGAUCAGCAACGACGAGAUGUGGAAUCAAAAACCAAUCGCGAAAUUGACUACUUUUGGGACUUGCAGAAGUCGAAUAAGAAGUACGACCGAGAAAGGGGCGGGCCGCCAAGGAAGGGUACUUCUACUCUUAGAACCGCGUAGGCGUAGAUUGGUUGCAGUAUGUGGAUCAGCUAAAAGUAAAAGUAGAGCAUGCUCCUCCUCCUACUGGUAGUUUUAUUUGCAUCAGGGACCGCUAGUACAGCGAAAAAUUCGCUCCAAAUUAUGAAACACUUUUUUUGGGUGGUCGUGAAGAACAAGCAACCUCCAGCAACAUGAGUCAAACUCUCACACCGUCGUCGUCGUCGAAGUGCAUAAUUACUUACUUUUGAUACGGACUAUGCGAUUUCAGGUUGGAAAACUUUGGAGAAUGAGGAAAAGGAAUUGUUUGAAGAAAAGGCCGGCAUGGCGGCAGGAAUUGACUUCGACCAUUACAAUGAGAUUACGGUGGACAUCAACGGAAAGGGUGUCGACGAUAUCCCAAUUUGCGAAACUUACGAUCAGGUUUGAGUUGGCCUUUUUUUGUCGACAGAACUACUGCGUGUUCGUUGCGGGGUUUCAUGGAAGAUUUUAUUCUCGCCGUUUCGGCUCCAGCUCCUGCUCCACCCUGCUCACGCUCAAGUCCCUAAACCCUAAUAGACCCACCAGGCACAAUCAUCAUUGCAACCCACAGGUAACUCACGAGUUCCAAUUGAGCGGAUGGCUCGCUGACAACAUCUGGAGAUGUCACUACACAAAACCAACUCCCGUGCAGAAGUACGCUAUUCCAACGGGUCUGAAGCACUUCGAUAUGAUGGUGUGCGCACAGACAGGCUCAGGUAAGAAGAAGUCGAAGGAUACGUGGAGCUAAACUGCAGUUUGAUCUUCAUUAUUGAGUAGUCACUGCGUGUAUGUGUACGUAGUGUUGCACGUCCUCACUCGGGGAAAAACUACGAGCAUGGUAUAUGUACCCAAACGGAGAAGAAUUGGAAGACGUAUUUUGUUCCAAAAGAAAACCACAAAUCAAAAGGUAAAACGGCCGCUUUUCUGAUCCCCAAAGCAAUGUCGAUGCGCGAAAAGGACGGGUGUGAGUACAGACGCGAAACAUGGGAGGGUCCAGCAACGCCAUUAUCCCUUGUCCUCGCACCGACACGAGAACUCUGUACCCAAAUUUACGAUGAAGCCCGGAAACUGUUUCACAAGAGUUGCUUCAAGGUGAGGAAGUUUCUGUUAUUUCACGGCUGCUGUGACUUUGUGAUUCUGUGCAUCAUGCACUGAUUGACUCGGAAAUUAUGGUGGUCAAGCACACUGACUACUAGUGCAACGUAAUUUACUUCAUCUCGUUGACAGCCGCACUGCUGACACAAACACUCCGAAAGGCUCUUAUCAGUAAAAUCUUCUCUGUUCAUCUAUGAAACAGGUUUCGCAAUGCUACGGUGGCGCCGACGCAAAGUUGCAAUUAAAGGAUUUAUCUCGCGGGACGGACGUCUUGGUCGCGACGCCGGGGCGGCUCAUCGACUUCAUUGACAGGGGCUUGGUUUCUAUGGAGUACAUCCAAUUCCUCACGUUAGACGAGGCCGACCGCAUGUUGGAUAUGGGUUUCGAGCCGCAAAUCCGACAGAUCGUCGAGAUGCGGGACAUGCCCGACAAAUUUAACUAUCCUGUGCAAAAGUAUCGUACUCGUACUAAUUGCAAAUAUGCAUGACAAAUCUUUUUUCUAGGGCAAAACAGCAUUACAAAUUUCACUUUCCUUCUUGCCAAAAUCUGUAAUGCAGUACGAUACUUUUGCACUGCAUAUUAACCGACAAACGUUGAUGUUUUCCGCCACUUUUCCGCGGGAAAUCCAGCAGUUGGCGGGAAGUUUCUUGAAGCGCGAUUACAUCUGGAUCAGUGUCGGAAGGGUACUGCUAUGAGGCCUCGACUUGUUACCUUUGGCAUGCAUCUUUUGAUCGAAUGUGACUUGAUGUGCCAUCUGUCUAUGUUAGCUUCGUUCUUGUUGCAGAACGGUACACAUUUUUGUCAUCGUCACCGUCCUCAUUCAUUACCGACUUUUUUUCAUGAGCGAGAAACUUCAGUGAAUUGAUGACGAUGAGUUUCUGCUUCAUCUCAAAAAGGUGGGUGCGGCCGCCGACACCGUGGAGCAGCGUUUCGUGCCCAUCCGCGCGGAGCGCGGGCGGGACACGGGAAACAAGCUGAGACCAUUGUAUGACGAACUGGAAGCGAUGGAACUGGGGGAGAAGGAAAAAGUGCUAAUCUUCGUCGGCAUGAAGCGCACCGCCGCUUGGCUCGCAACAGAACUGUAUAGACGAGGAAACAUGGGCUGCACCGAAAUUCAUGGUACUAUGGAAGAUUGUUCUAGCAAAAACAUAAUCGUGUCCGCGCUCGAUCUUUGUUUAAUUGACCUUGAACACGACCCUCAGGGUCUUUUACGGCACUUAAUUUGUGAAAAAUGCAAUCACCAGGUGACUUAACCCAAGCAGAGCGAGAGCGAGCACUGCAGAACUUUAAGUCUGGUAAGAUGCCGGUACUCGUAGCCACUGAGGUUGCGGCACGAGGCUUGGAUAUCCCAAAGGUCACCAAGGUCAUCAACUUUGAUUUGCCAUCACAAAUCGACGACUACGUGCACCGUAUUGGGCGAACGGGCCGAGCGGGAAACCGGGGCGUUGCAGUGUCUUUCUUCAACACGAGUGAAUGCAGGGUAAAUGAUGUUAGAGUUAUGAUAUGAAAUUUCCUGAAGCUCCUGCUGCUUUAGGUUUAGCUUUUUCUCCUGAUCAUCUUCCUGUGCUUGUGGAGAACUGAAAUCUCGUGUGUGUUUUUCUUUUUUUCUGUCCCAGUAAGUACUUGAAAUGAGUGGAGCCAAGGAAGCAAGCUCCUGCAUUGUCUUCGUGAAUGUGGUGCCAAAUUGAAAUUUGAAAAAACUACUCAGUCAAGCGACGCUGACCUCGCACCAGAACUGUGCCAGAUCCUCGACGACGCACGAGAAACCGCCGACAAUAAGGGGGCGGAACACCACUGGCACGAUAUCCCGGAUUGGUUAGCAGAGGAGGCAAGAAGAUCCAAAAACCGAAAUAAGUGGAAGAACGGCUCUGGAAUGGGUGGAAAGAGGUAUGAUAUAGAUUUUAGAAAAUUAUUCGACGAGUUCUAUUUCUAACUUCGCUAACACUAUUCGUUUUUCUGUUUUUGAGUUUAUUUUUUGUGCCUAACAAACGAUCGAAUUCGGAAUUUCGAAUUUCGAUUUUUUGGAAGACUCUCUGUCUUCUGCUAUUGUUGCGUCGCUGUGAUGUUGAUGACGUACUUAGUAUCUAUUUGUUCCUCCGAAACUCGCAGGAGCGGCAGUCCGCGUGGACAGCGCGACUACCGUGGUGGCGGCCGCCAAAUCAAGCUUCAGGGCAGCAAAGGCCGAGGCAAGGACUAUGGCAAGGACAAGGGCGGGUUUGCAGUCCGACAGAGGAGCCACAGCAAGGAAGGUGGUCCGGGAUCCUACGGCAAAGGUGGAAAGUAUGAUGACCGCGAUAAGGGAAAAGGCAAAUACGAUGACGACCGGGGCCGCGGCCGCGACCGCUUUGACAGCUUCGGUAAGUCGGGUGGCUUCGGCGGCGGAAAGGGCGGCGGAGGUCGUCGGGAGGAGAGCGAUGACUGGUUUGCCAUGCGCCAAAGCAUGGCAAACGACGGAAAGGGUGGGAAAAAGUGGUGAGUGCUGCCAAGCGGAAAAAUAUCGUGCAGGAGAGGUGUAUGGGCGGCGAUUUAGUACAACUUGCGUCGGCCGCAUCGACGCACUACGACUUCUUCCCGUCCUCGACCGAUAGAUUGUACCGAUGAAAAUUCACUAGCACUGCAACGACCUCCACGCAGACAAAAAUGAACUGGAGUACGAAUGGAAUACUUUUGAAAUAACAAGCACGUGAUGUUAAUCUUCACACCCUGGAACAGCAUUUUAAAAAAUCUGAGUUUUUUUUACAGGUUUCUAGUUCAUCUCGGAGUUCCCAUUUUCCGAGAAGACGAUCCUUACAUUUGAGUUUUCCUUUUCAGCGCCAUUUACAUUUUGACCCGAGUAUAUUUAAAUAUGCGUAUGCCGAACCUGACAGACACGUCGUCAUUCGUCAGAGACGCUGCUCCCGCACUUUUUGGUAACUACACCUUAGUUAUCGCGGAAUAGUAGUAAGCGUAUCCCAAGGCCAAGCCCAACAAGAGCUCAUCUAAAGUUUUCCCCCCUCUCGACGCUAUGUAAAACUCAAGUAGCGCCUCUAUUUUAGAACGAAGUUUUAACCCGCCAAAAAUGACCCUCGCUGACAUCGGUAGAAUAAAGCAUCAGACAACGUGUAGAAGAUGAAGGCAACAUGCAGUGCACGUGCGAACAACUACGCGGACCCGCAUUGAUAUGGCGAUGAAACUACUUUUAUCGUGUAACAUAAUCAAUGCAUGCUUCACAGCUCGUUUUGGUUUUUUGUCCCGUUCGCUCUUGCACUGUAAGAUUGUAUCGACAUCAUCGUCGUUUUGUCGAUGAAAUGUAAAGCUUCGAAAUAAUGUACGCAAAAGUUUUGGCUGUAUUGGGACAAUUGCCUUUUCUGGAGGUGAGACUGAGACGAUGUGAUGAUUUGAUCUUUCAACAGUGUUCCGAUCAGCAUCAUAUUAAUUGAUUCUUACCAG